UACAGAUUGUCCAUUAAUCAGCUGACAGACAGUUCCUGCCCCCACCUGGCAUCUGGAAUAAGAAAUAACCCGACACUGAGGACACUGAACCUGUCUGGGAACAAUCUGGAGGGUCUUCAUUUCAAGGAUCUGAUGGCGGCUCUGACAACAAGCCGGAUAGAGGAAUUACAAUUGUAUAAUAAUCACCUGACAGACAGUUCCUGCCCCCACCUGGCAUCUGGAAUAAGAAAUAACCCAACACUAAGGACACUGGACCUGUCUAGGAACAAUCUGGAGGGUCCUCAUUUCAGGGAUCUGAUGGCGGCUCUGACAACAAGCCGGAUAGAGGAAUUACGAUUGUCCUAUACUCACCUGACAGACAGUUCCUGCCCCCACCUGGCAUCUGGAAUAACAAAUAAUCAGACACUGAGGACAUUGGACCUGUCUAUGAACAAUCUGGAGGGUCCUCAUUUCAGGGAUCUGAUGGCGGCUCUGACAACAAGCCGGAUAGAGGAAUUACAAUUGGCCAGUACUCACCUGACAGACAGUUCCUGCCCCCACCUGGCAUCUGGAAUAAGCAAUUACCCGACACUGAGGACACUGGACCUGUCUAUGAACAAUCUGGAGGGUCCUCAUUUCAGGGAUCUGAUGGCGGCUCUGACAACAAGCCGGAUAGAGGGAUUACAAUUGGAUACUACUCACCUGACAGACAGUUCCUGCCCCCACCUGGCAUCUGGAAUAAGAAAUAACCCGACACUGAGGACACUGGACCUGUCCUGGAACAAUCUGGAGGGUCCUCAUUUCAGGGAUCUGAUGGCGGCUCUGACAACAAGCCGGAUAGAGGAAUUACAAUUGGUUGGUAAUCACCUGACAGACAGUUCCUGCCCCCACCUGGGAUCUGGAAUAAGAAAUAACCCGACACUGAGGACACUGAACCUGUCUGGGAACAAUCUGGAGGGUCCUCAUUUCAGGGAUCUGAUGGCGGCUCUGACAACAAGCCGGAUAGAGGAAUUACAAUUGUAUGAUAAUCACCUGACAGACAGUUCCUGCCCCCAACUGGCAUCUGGAAUAAGAAAUAACCCGACACUGAGGACACUGGUCCUGUCUGGGAACAAUCUGGAGGGUCCUCAUUUCGGGGAUCUGAUGGGCUCUGACAACAAGCCGGAUAGAGGAAUUACAAUUGUCCUCUAAUCAGCUGACAGACAGUUCCUGCCCCCACCUGGCAUCUGGAAUAAGAAAUAACACGACACUGAGGACACUGGACCUGUCUAUGAAUAAUCUGGAGGGUCCUCAUUUCAGUGAUCUGAUGGCGGCUCUGACAACAAGCCGGAUAGAGGAAUUACAAUUGUCCUCCAAUCACCUGACAGACAUUUCCUGCCCCCACCUGGCAUCUGGAAUAAGAAGUAACCCGACACUGAGGACACUGGACCUGUCUAUGAACAAUCUGGAGGGUCCUCAUUUCAGGGAUCUGAUGGCGGCUCUGACAACAAGCCGGAUAGAGGAAUUACAAUUGUCCUGUAAUCACCUGACAGACAGUUCCUGCCCCCACCUGGCAUCUGGAAUAAGAAAUAACCCGACACUGAGGACACUGGACCUGUCUUUGAACAAUCUGGAGGGUCCUCAUUUCAGGGAUCUGCUGGCGGCUCUGACAACAAGCCGGAUAGAGGAAUUCCA